UAUAUAAAUGUAUAUAUAUGUAUAUGUGUGACUACGUGCAUGUCUUUGUAUAUAUGUCUGUCUCUGUGUCGGAGUAAGGACGAGUUCUAGCUCUGUUGGAAGCGUUCUUGAUUUUCGUCUUUUUCUUCCGCCUACCGGUUCCCACUGGAACCGACAGCCUUCGUAGUCUGCAUGCGUCGUAUGAGAGAGACACAGCGACAGUUGUUCCUCUUUCUUCUCUGCAACUUCCUCGAUGGCAGACUCUGCCCUCGCACCUCAAGAGUCUGCCGGCACUGCUGCCGCUGACAAUGCCACUUCUUCCAGGGAGGAAGGUCGAGGUACGUCCGGCGCGCAUGGACAGGGCGCGCGCGCGACUGCAGAGCAGCGACUUUCUCUGGACGGCGCGACCGCGGAGCCGAGCAGUGGAGGCGCUCUCCGGCCGCAGUCGGACGCGGACAUGCUCGAAAGAGGCCUUCUCGGAGCUUCCGCCUCUCCGGAGGCUGCCGCAUGCAAGGACGAGGCAGCCGAUAACUCGCCAAGGCCGCACAAGGAAAAGGAAGGUGCCCCCUGCUCCGAGCCUCUCCGUCGCUGUCGAGAGAUUGGCGUCUCGUGGACGGAUAUCUCCUUUGAAGCGCGGGUGCGAAGGCCGCGAACGGGCAUUCUCGGUACGCCUCCCCUGUGCGACGUUCUCAACGCCCUCGACAGCCUCACGCAGAAAGGCCCUCUGAAAAAGAUUUUGUGCGGCGUCAGCGGAGAAGUCCUUCCCGGCGAUAUGGUGGCUCUGAUGGGCGCGAGUGGAGCAGGAAAGUCGACGCUGUUGAACAUUUUGAGUCGAUAUCUGCGAGAGACCUCUGGAACGGUAAAGUACGGAGACGCGCAGUUGGAGUUGAAGGAGGCGAAGAAGGUCUCGUGCUUCAUUCAGCAAGAAGAUCUCUUCAACGGAUUCAUCACUGUUCGAGAGCAUCUCCAGUGCAUUGUUCGACUCCGAACUACGCUGCCGCCGAAAGAGCGCGAGGCUCUCGUCGACCGCCUCCUCGUCGCCUUUGAACUUUCGAAAGCGGCAGACACAUGCAUAGGCAAUCUUCAGAUGGGAGCGCGAAGAGGAAUCAGUGGAGGCGAGAAGAAGCGCCUGAGUGUCGCGACGGAAAUCGUGACAAAUCCUUCCAUCAUUUUCGCGGACGAACCGACGACAGGUCUGGACUCGUUCAUGGCCGAGGCUGUGAUGACUGUUCUCGAGCGGCUCGCCCAAAAUGGGCGUUCGAUCAUUUGCACAAUCCAUCAGCCGAGCACGACGGUGUUUGAGAAAUUCAACAAAGUGAUUCUGCUCGCAGAAGGCCGCAUGGUCUUCGCUGGAGACCGACUCGCCCUGCCAGUGUAUUUCGCGCGCGUCGGAAAGUCGAUUCCACCCUACACCAGUGUCGCUGACUUCGUCAUCGACGUCCUCUCCUCCAGCGAAGGCGCAGAAGCGACUCUCCAAAUCGCGGAGAAGAUGCAUGCGGCGUGGAUCAACACAGGCGUUCCCUUCAUGCGUGACUGGCACGAAUCCCUGCGAGAGCAAUACAUCCAGAGGCUGCAGUCUGAGGGAGUUGCGGACAAACUCAGCUCGUUCAAGGGCGAGACGAAGCGUCUCGCUUUGCGCAAAGAAGCGCUGGAGGCUCCGACUGCGACUGAUGAGGAGCCAGCUGUCAAGAAGAAGGAAGCCGCAGUGGAGGGUCGCGUGAGUUGGUGGACGCAAUUCCAGGUGCUGCUCCACCGCUGCUCGCUGGCGAACAAACGAAAUCCACAGAUUCUGCAAGCUCGUGUGGGCCAGACUCUCGUCUCUGCUCUUCUCCUCGGCUUUAUUUUUCUUCGACUUCGUAAAGGGGAUGCCAUUUCCAAGAACGGCGCUGCCAACUUCAUCAACCUGAAUCAGGGCAUGACAGGUCUGGUCACCGUUCUGCAGACGUUCACGACUGACAAAAUCGUCGCGCUGCGCGAAUAUCGCUCGGGGACGUACAGCCUCGUUCCGUAUUUCCUGGCAAAGACGGCUGCCGACGCGGCGUUCCAAAUUUUUAACCCAGUCGUCUUCUUCACCAUCGCAUGGUACAUGAUGAACUUGAAUCCGUCGGCGACCCGCUGGCUCUGGGGCCUUGGCUUCAUCUUCCUGCAAACGAACGCGUCGAUUUCGAUGGGCUACUUGAUCUCGUGCAUGUGCCCCGACCUUGAAAUUGCCCUCUCGGUCAUGCCGCUCCUGACGAUGCCACUAAUCCUUGUUGCGGGAUUCAUGAUCAUUCUCGACUCUCUGCCCAGAUUCUGGAUAUGGGUGCCGUAUCUCUCACCCUUCCGGUGGGCCUUCUCCGGCAUCAUGCACGCCGUCUGGGAAGACGUCGAACUCGAUCCUUGCCCUGCGGGCAUGAAUCCGCCGUCCUGCUACAGCUCAGGCGCUGAGGUUCUCGAGUACUACUGCCUUGAUGGCGACAGCAUGUGGCUGAACGCUCUCUACCUCGUGAUCAUGGUCGUCGGCUACCGCGUUGUCGGCCUCUUGGUUCUCCUCAUCUUGAAUCGCCGAAACUAAAACGCCGACAACCGACUUGCACGAUGGCGUUCGAUGCCCGCGAAGCGCGGCAGGAGUCGAGGAGAGGAACCCCCACACAGCGAGCACGAAGAAGAAAAGGCGAAGCGACUCAAAGACCUGGGGGAAGAACAGAGAGGGAGGCAGGGAAGCAAAGAACCUCUGCAACGAAAAAGGGAAGAUCGACAGAGAGACGCCAGCGACCGUCGCCGAAGCCACGAACAUCGCCCUCGAGAGGAGUUUCCGAACAGAAGACAACGGCAGAGACGCUCCUUCAGAUGCGCCCAGAAGCCACAGAUCGAGGGGACUCUCGCGCAUGCACUGAACGCAUUUUCGCUUCUUUCCGGUCUUUGUGAGAACCUCGCAACGUUCACGUGCAUGCAAAGUGAGGCCAGAUCGCCGUAGCGGCCAGGUAUGUCGUGCAAAGGACAUACAUGUACGCAUGCAUGCAUAUUUGUAAGGAGGCCUGCGUGAGUAUGUGCGCUUUUUUGACCGAAUGGCCGAGCGGUUGUCUGUGCAGUCGCAGUGAAAAGCAGAUUUCCAGUGUGGAGGCGAAGGAGUGAAGCUCAGCCCUGCUCUCGAACCACGGGCAGAACGCGUGAGAGAAAGGAUUUGUUCGCAUUUCCUCCGGUUUUCUCCCUUUUCUUCGUGGGCAUACAGAGGCGAAACUUCUGCACUCGCCGCAAACCUUUUUCGCCACACCUGGUCAAUUUUCCGAUCCUUUUCCUCACCGUCGUUCUUCCGCAGCGCCCGUCUCGGCGCAUUCCUAUAUAUCGAC